AUGGUGAUUUACAUCCUUCUCCUUCCGCCCACGGGGUGGCUGCUUUACAAGCAUGGUCGACGCGCGCUUGGAGCAUUCUUCUUCAUUUUUGCGUUCGAUAUACUUCGCAUUGUCGCCGCGGGCAUUCAGAUUGGCGAUCACAACAACCCUCACCCAUCCACGUCAGGGGCCAUCGUUUCCUCCAUUGGCCUUAGCCCUUUGCUGCUUGCUACUGCUAGUUUUCUGGCCCUGCUGAGGGGCUACUAUGCGACGUCGAACCGCAGUCAACCUGCAACACUCAUCGAAGAGGCGGGAAUCCAUGUUGGCGCAAUUUCCGGCCUUGCGCUCUUCGCUGCCGGUGGAGCGAAGCUCGGGGACGAGCACAACACCCAAUCAGACAUCAACACGGCGUACUCGCUGCUAGAAGCUGGAGCCAUCAUCCUUCUGGUCACAUGGAUUGCCGUCUCUUUCCUCUGCGCCCAAUUCUUCUUCAAGCUCCGCAACCAGCGGGCCGCAGGGUCCCUGAUGAUUCUGGCGUGCGUCUUCAUUGGCGUCAGAGCCAUCUAUAGUGUGGUCUACGCGUUCGAUCAUGCCAAGUCUCUCAGCCCUUUCACAGGAACUUUUGCGGUCAAGUUCGUGUUCAUGUUCUUGGUACAGCUCAUUGCAGUCUUGUUGCUGCUUGCUGUUGCGUUUGUGACCCGCAAUAUCCUGGCCGACCAUGGAUUGAGUGCGUGGGACCAGGAACGGAGGAUUGGAACUCGGGGCCAGCGCAGUCAAGGCACCUCAAUUCCGCUUAGGGCACCGGCCUCCAAGUGA